ACUAAAGACAGCAGUUUUUGGCUUUUGAGAUGCUGGUUAUAUACUCAUAAGUACCUUCCAUUGCUUGCUUAAAAAGGAAAUAUUUAAAAGGCGGAAGGGUAUUUUGCACAAGACUAUACUUAUUAUUUUAAUAACUUGGUAAUGGAGGGUUGAAGGGGCGUUUCGUAAUAUACAGUGUAGUAUGUCGCUACCUUUCUCUUACUGCAAGUCAGCUGAUAAGGUCAUGGCGACGGUAGCCGCAACUAGGCGCCGGAACUAACAUCUUAUCCAAUAACCAAAAACGGACGGAACUCUUAGGACCGCCAUAGGACAGUACAUAAUGAUGAGAGAAGAUUCGCACUGUACCAGCCACAGAUUGGCCAAAUGGCCCGUGCGGAGAGAAAAUUUACAUUGACAAAAGCGGACACUCAUUUCGGUUCCUACUGUACAUACAUUUCUUCAUCAGAUGCGCUCAUGUAUGCGGCCUUUAAAGUGGGUCUGCCGGCCGGUGGCUUUCUGUCCCAACGCAGCGAAUUGCCCGAUCGGGGUAUCAAUAAGACGACAGAACGGGCCUUCAAUAACACCCAAUUGUCCCUGCGCAAACAAAGCACCGGCCACCAGUGGGCAGAUAAGAGCCUUUGCUGACGACUAAUCCCAUCUUUGGAAAGCGGCUUCAGAUGAAUAAGUAGUGCGCUUUUCGUCCCGUGUUC